GUUUAUAAAUCCACUGCCUAUAUCAGCGAAAUGAUACCCGAUGAUCCAUCGUCAAUACCCUAUGUUACAUUGGCAAAAAAUAAAUUUGAAUCGGCGGUUCGUGAACUUUUACUCGUACGUAAUUAUCGCGUUGAAGUGUAUGUACGUCGAUCGAUCGGUAAUUCAGAUUGGAAUGUUGAAUAUCGUGGUUCUCCGGGUAAUCUUCUACAAUUUGAAGAUAUUAUUUUCACCAACAAGGAGGAAUUGGUGGGCAAUAGUAUACUCUCGUUAAAAAUGAAUAUGAAUAAUAAUGUGCGCAAUAUUGGAGUUGUUGCUGUGGAACAAAAUGAUUGCUUGUUUCAAGUAUUGGAAUUUGUGGAUGAUGAUUUUCUAACGGAGUUGGAGGCAACAGUGGUGUUGCUGGGACCCAAAGAAUGUCUGCUGCCAUCACAAGAGGGGGAGUAUGAAUCUGUUAAAAAUCUCCUGGAACGCAAUGGUAUUAUGGUCACAGUGGCAUCUAAAUCCCAAUUGGCUUCAGAGAAACAUAAUUUGGUCCAAGAUUUAAAUAAAUUAUUGAGGUUUAAUAAAGGCCAACAAGAAGAUGCAGCCGGACUGCCUGAACUAACAUUGACCGUGGCAAUGGAUGCCCUAAAAUUGGCAAUAAAAUAUCUGGCCUUAAUGAACGACAGCAGCAAUUUGGGUCAUUAUAGAUUGCAACAAUUGAAUUUGAAACGAUUUGUGCAUAUGGAUUCGGCCGCAAUUAGUGCUUUGAAUAUUCUGCCCAAACCAGGAACUCAUAUCUCAUCUCCCUCCUAUCGUUGGCAAAGUAUUUUAGGUGUAUUGGAUCGUUGUAAUACACCACAGGGCCAUCGUUUGAUGGCCCAAUGGGUUAAGCAGCCUCUACGUAGUCGUGAAAUUCUAAAUGAUCGCCAUGACAUUGUCCAAUGUUUUUUGGAAUCACCAAAUUCUUUGAAUUCCUUACAUGAAGAUUUUCUAAAACGCAUACCGGAUAUUUUAAUGUUAACCAAGAAGUUAUUACGCAAGAAAGCCAAUUUGCAGGAUAUUUUCCGGGUGUAUCAAGUAUUAUUACGUACCCCUAAGAUUAUUAAUCUGUUGAAGUCUUUGGAAAAUUCGACAGUGAAUAAUGUCCUUUGCGAUCCCAUGAAAAAUUACUUGGAAGAUUUAUCGGGCCUGAAACAAAUGGUGGAGCAGGUUAUGGAUUUUGAUGCCAUUGAAAAUGGAGAAUAUCUGGUAAAGGCUUCAUUCGAUUCAGAUUUAUUGGAUAUGAAGGAACGUAUGAAUCAUCUGUUGGAGAAAAUGGAACGAUGCCAGGAUAAAGCCAAUCGUGAUUUGAAUUUAGAUAAAAAUUCAGUGAAAUUGGUAAAUGUUCCAAAUGUGGGUUAUACACUACGCAUAACUCUUAAAGAUGAUACGGUGCUGCGUAAAAAUAAAGAAUAUAAAAUUCUUGAUGUCUUGAGGGGUGGUAUACGUUUUACAACCGAUAAGCUAUCAUCGAUAAAUGAUGAAUUUGUAACACUGCGUUCCCAAUAUGAGGAACAGCAAAAGACCAUUGUUGAGGAAAUCAUAAAAGUUGCUGUGGGUUAUGCCAGCCCCUUGACAUGUUUGAAUAAUGAAUUUGCUCAAUUGGAUUGUUUGGUUAGUUUUGCCAUUGCUGCCCAAUCGGCACCUAUACCAUAUAUUAGGCCGAAAAUCUUGGAAGAAGGUUCGGGGGAGCUUGUACUUAAAGAUAUUAGACAUCCUUGUUUGGAAUUGCAGGAGCACAUAUCCUUUAUUGCCAAUAGUGUGGAGUUUAAAAAGGAUCUUUGCAAUAUGUUCAUUAUAACUGGUCCCAAUAUGGGUGGCAAAUCCACCUAUAUUCGCUCCGUUGGCACUGCCGUACUAAUGGCCCAUGUUGGCAGUUUUGUUCCCUGCUCGGAGGCCACAAUUUCCAUGGUUGAUUCCAUAUUGGGUCGAGUCGGAGCCAGUGACAAUAUUAUUAAAGGCUUGAGUACCUUUAUGGUGGAAAUGAUUGAAACUUCGGGCAUAAUUAGGUCUGCCACCGAAAAAUCCUUGGUAAUUAUUGAUGAAUUGGGUAGGGGAACCUCCACCUAUGAAGGUUGUGGCAUUGCCUGGUCCAUAGCAGAACACUUGGCCAAGGAGACAAAAUGUUUUACGCUAUUUGCAACACAUUUCCACGAAAUAACCAAUCUCUCCGAAACUGUACCGACAGUGAAAAAUUGCCAUAUGGCUGCCAUAGCAGAUAAUGAAAAUUUUACAUUGCUAUAUCAGGUGCGACCUGGUGUAAUGGAAAAAAGUUUUGGUAUACAAGUUGCACGUUUGGCUAACUUCCCCGAAAAAGUUGUAUGCAAUGCUCAACAAGUCUAUAAUGAAUUUGAAGAUGAACAUGCCGAUAAACAGAGUGGUGAUGACAAAGCCCUACUGGAGAAAAUAAAUAAGGCCAUUGAAAAUCUAUCGACUACGGGAAAUAAUGUCGACAUAAAUGAAAAUGAUUUAUCCAAAUUGGUUGAACAAUUUACCCAAGAUAUACGCAAAUUGGAUAGUGAAUAUUUUAAGUGUGUUUUGGCCACAGCUGGUGCAACGGCAGCAGCAGAAUAG